AUGGCGCCGACCAAACGAAGCGCGAAGUCGGACGCGACUCCGACGUCCACGGCCGAACACAAAGUCGCAGACACGAAGACUACUACAGAUGCGAAGAAACAAAGCGUUGCGGUGCAGACUGCUGAGCCUGCGGGUGGCAGGCUGCCUUGCGCUGUGCAGUUCCCGUUGACCGUUUCCUUGAGCUUUGCAUUGUCGAUGCUGGGGAACUCAAUCAUCUCGCAGGUAUCGAAGGGGGAGCUGGGGUCUUUAACGCGAACUCUGGAUACAUGGGAAGAGAUGGCGGUUCUGGCGGGUUGGAGAGUCAUUCAAUUAGCUAUCGGGUGGUUCAGCAACCUAGACAGCCUGGAAGUAGGAGCUAUGAGUAUCUUAGCUCAUGGGCCUGCAUUUUAUCUGCUCGCUGCGUUCUACAAACUCAGUCCGACGACGGCGCUCUCUGCACUAGCUAUUGAAGUGCUCUCCACGGCGGUUCCCUUUCACCUGGUUCGCCCUCUUUCUUCAGCCAAUGAGUCGCUUUCAAAGUCGAACCGAGACAUUCUCGAUAUUCCUAUGCAGCUAUUGACCACACUACUUUCAACGGCUAUUUACACAGUCACUCUCGUCCUCUCCCUGCGCUUUUUGAUGCCUCGCAUUUUCGUUGUUUACUUCAGCGGUCUCCCAAGCCUCGAGCCUGCCUACAAUGCUUCAUUUAUGGAUGUUCUUCCUGUGACGAUCCCCUGUGGUCUCGCAGCUAGCAUCUUCAUCUUUGCGCCGUUUGCUACGACUGGCAAGGCCAAGGAAGAUGCCAAGAUUGAGCAGUUUGACCCCGUGAGCGCAUCUCUCGGUCAAACCGUUUGGUGGAACUUUUGGGGAUACACGGCUAAGGCAAAGGUAGUUAUUCGAAGAACGGCGGCUGCCGUCUUUGUGUCUGGUGUUAGCACCUAUCUGGCUUGCACCAUGGCCAUGUAUGGCAUCGAAUCGACUGGUGCUGUGAUGUACGCGGGAGUUUGGGUUGCUGCAGCACUAUUUGCUGGUAUUGGUCUAGGCCUCGUUGGCGGUGAUUAA